CCCCCCCCAUGGGAUCUCGGGAUCUCUGCGCAGCGCGCAGUCUCUCUGCAGUCUGGUCCACUUCCGCAUAGCACAGCAGUGCUGAGGGAGGUGGGGGUGGUGAUGGUACUGAGAAGGGCAGCCUCAAGUGCGGCUUGCCUACUCUUUCAUCGGGCCAGCGCUUUUGCUCCUCCUUGCGGAAGGUUUCCGAUACAGACCUCGACUUGCAGGCGACAGGCCAUGUCCCAGCAGCAGCAACACCCACAACUCGGCGGGCAAGGCCGGGAGGCUUCGUCGACUGUUUUGGGGGCCUCCGCUCGCAAUGACAAUGUGUUCGCCUUCGAUUUCGACGGCGUGAUCUGUAACAGCCAGGGAGAGAGCAGCAGGUCUGGAUUCAGGGCGCUGCGGGUCCUGUGGCCGGAGAUAGCGGCGGAACUCCGCACCAAAGACGGGGGACAAAAGGAUUCCGACGACGCCCCGGCAUGGAUUCUCGAUAAGAUGAAGGAGCUGCGGCCAAUCGUUGAAACCGGUUACGAGAAUAUCCUCCUGGUUCGGCUUCUCAUCGAGGAGAGGCUGGGGUUGCCGGUGCUCUACCCUUCGGAGGGGCUGCUCGACUCAUGGGGACCGGAGGCUAGAGACGCGCUAGCCCUGCGGUACGGCCUCGGUCGAGAGGAGCUAGUGGACGCCUUCGGCAGCGCCCGAGACGAGUGGAUGGAGGUCGACUUCCAGGGGUGGCUGGGGGCCAACAAGUUCUACGAGGGUAUCCCCGAAGCGAUCUCCGCUUGCACGGGCGAGGUGUACGUCAUCACUACGAAGCAGACGCGGUUUGCGAGCGCCCUUCUCGAGCACGCCGGUAUCAAAGUCCCGUUAGAUCGUAUAUUCGGGCUAGGGACUGGUCCCAAGGCCAGCGUGCUGGCCCAACUGCAGACAAAGCACAGUGGGUGCACGCUUGUGUUCCUGGAGGAUCGAGUGGAGACUUUGGAGGCGGUGUGCGCCGACAGCAAGCUAGACGGCGUCCGGCUCUACUUGUGCGAUUGGGGCUUCAACACAGUCGCCCAGAGGGCGAGGGGGGAGUCCAACGACCGCAUAACUGUGGUCGGCACAGGGGACAUCGCGGGCUUGCUCGCGCCAUGAGUCCGAGGCGCGUCAAGCCGGAGAACGGCCUUGACUUUGCCGCCCGGCGCGGGAAUUCGCUGUAAAUGCCGUGCGAAGGAUGGUUGCUAAUGCUGUCAUCGCCCUUUUAGUGAUCUUUUCGGGCACCUUCGAAGCCGUAAAUGGUAGGUAGUUUUGGUUUCCUGGAUUAUUUUAUAGGUUUUGAAAAAGGUUUGAUGAUGCUGUCGAUGAUGUCGUGUGACCUCCCGGCUGUUGCGUCCAACACACGCCAAAAUCGUAAAGACGCGUAGAAUAGAGGGGAAGAAAGCACGAAGCAUGAUUUUGGCACAGAUGUGUCGCUUUUGGCGUAUGUACGUCAUGGAUAGGAGGAAUCAUUCCCACACGUCGGCUUGAACGAAUCCAGGAAGAAUGACGGAGGUUUAUUACAUAUUACCCUAGCCUUAACUCAAAGAACGACAUUCUCAUCGGGCACUAGGAAGAGCCUGUCGGGGGUGGGAGUGAUCUGGCUACUCUCAUGUGUCGGCGGGGUCGAUAUGACGCACCUUUGUCAGUGACACAUUCACGCCGCGUGCAUGCCUAGAUUCCUGUGUGCUGUGCUUGAAACAGCAUCUGCGGUUACACAAGUAUUGCUUGGGCUCGACUUAGGGCAUGAUUGCCGAAGUAACUCACUAAUUACUUUUUUCCUGAGCGAGCAAGAAGCGAUGUACACAUGCACGUAAGAAUCGUCACUUUUGUCCGAACGGGGCAACGAUAUGGUCGCG